UCUCUCUCCGUUCGCUCUCUCUUUUAAAGGUGUUACUGUGUGUGCGGAGAGCAAGCAGUGCAUUUUCACAACAUGGCGAGUCGAGUGGAGCAUCCGGCCGCGGGCUACAAGAAGCUCUUUGAGACGGUGGAGGAGCUGAACGAGCCAAUACCCGCCAAAGUCACAGGUGCUAUACCAUCAUGGCUGGGUGGCAGUCUUCUGCGGUUGGGGCCGGGUCUCUUUGAGGUGGGGUCGGAACCUUUCUACCACCUGUUUGAUGGACAGGCCCUCAUGCACAAAUUUGACCUGAAGAACGGUCAUGUGACCUACAACAGGAAGUUUGUCAGAACAGAUGCAUAUGUGCGGGCCAUGACAGAGAAGAGAGUGGUCAUCACCGAGUUUGGGACAGCUGCUUAUCCAGACCCGUGCAAAAACAUCUUUUCCAGAUUCUUCACCUACUUUAAGGGCAUUGAAGUGACUGAUAACUGCUUGGUGAAUGUGUAUCCAAUUGGGGAAGACUUCUAUGCUGUCACAGAAACCAACUACAUCACCAAGGUGGAUCCUGAUUCACUAGAAACCCUAAAAAGGGUGGACCUAUGUGAUCACCUCUCAGUGAAUGGGGUGACCGCCCACCCACACAUCGAAGCAGAUGGUACCGUCUAUAACAUUGGAAACUGCUUUGGGAAGAACAUGACCCUGGCAUACAACAUCAUCAAGAUCCCCCCUGCCCAAAACGACCAGUCAGAUCCGAUAGCGAAAUCACAGGUCUUGGUACAACUUCCCAGCAGCGAAAGAUUUAAACCCUCCUACAUACACAGUUUUGGUAUGACAGACAACUACUUUGUGUUCGUGGAGCAGCCGGUGAAGAUCAACCUACUGAAGUUCUUGUCUUCCUGGAGCAUCAGAGGAACAAACUAUAUGGACUGCUUCGAAUCCAAUGAAGCCAUGGGGACAUGGUUCCAUCUGGCCUCCAAGGACCCAGCAGAAUAUUUGAGCAGCCACAAGUUCAGAACUUCAGCCUUCAACCUUUUCCACCAUAUAAACUCCUACGAAGACCAGGGAUUCAUCAUUGUUGACGUCUGCACAUGGAAGGGUCAUGAGUUUGUGUAUAACUACCUGUACCUAGCUAACCUGAGGGAGGAGUGGGAUGAGCUGAAAAGAGCUGCCUUGAGAGCUCCCCAGCCUGAGGUCAGACGCUAUGUACUGCCCCUGGAUAUACAUAAGGAAGAGCAGGGGAAGAACCUGGUAUCGCUGUCCUAUACUACGGCAACCGCUGUUCUUCAUGGUGAUGGGUCCAUCUGGCUGGAGCCCGAAGUCCUCUUCUCAAAACCCAGACAAGCCUUUGAGUUUCCGCAGAUUAACUAUUCUAGGUGUUGUGGGAAGAACUACCACUACGCCUACGGCCUGGGACUCAACCACUUCAUACCAGACAAGAUUGUAAAGCUGAAUGUGCGGUCGAAGGAGACACGAGUGUGGCAGGAGGAGGACUCCUACCCGUCAGAGCCUCUUUUUGUAUCGACACCUGGAGCAACGGAGGAAGACGAUGGUGUGUUGCUGAGUAUCGUUGUCAAGCCUGGGAACGACAGACCGAGCUUCCUCCUGGUUCUGGAUGCCAGGGAGCUGACAGAGGUCGCCAGGGCAGAGGUCAGCACCAUCAUCCCUGUGACCUUCCACGGCAUGUACAAACCGUGACCUUCGACCCCCACCUUCAAACUGAAAGAAAGUAGCAGUUAGCGCUGCCCUCAUUUACCUUCCAUGGCACAUUACAUACGUCACCAUUAAACUUUACACAGUUCCUAGUAUAAGUCAGGUCAGGUCGGUAUAACCCUGACCCUCAAAUGAUAUUUGUCAAGGCUUGCUGUAAGAGUUCGCAGAGUUUGAGAUUAUAAAGAAAAGUCUCUCCAUUACCAUAUUUUCCUUUCCAGUAUUUUUUUUUUUUGCCUUGCCGGUUAAAGAAGGGAAAGACCUGUAAUGGCGUUAAUGGUCGGCCAACUCUGUUCUGAAGGACGGUGUCAGGAAAGGCCUGUGGCACUGUCUGCUUUACAAUUGUCCUUGACUUUUUGAGUUCAAUUCUUGAUAUUUUUCUUUACUAUGUAUUUGUGGUAUUUAAGAUGUCACGCAUGUCCUCCCAAGCAAAGGAGGUUGACUCGGUUCAUCCGGACACAACGUUUAUUGACAGAUACGUGUCACACACUCAUCUCGGUGACCUCUUCGGUCUCACCUGACUGCAGGCGUCCCCGCCCUUAUAACCCAUACAGCUGCAUAACGACCCAAACCAACGACCAGUUUCAUAUGCAAGUAUGGCUGUGACCAUUAACUAGAGUUUCAAUGGCCAUGUGUUCACAGAAGGUUCGGGUAUAGUUGCAAUCAGUGUUGUAAGAUGGCGACAGAUGUACUCUUAGCCCCGCCCCCCGGAUCAGGGAUGGUCGUUCCUUCGAUGGCCUAUUCGACUCCCCAUUCAAACCAGCGUUCCUCCCUAUCAAGGAUGUGCACAUCCUCAUCUGUGAAAGAGUGGCCACUGGCCUGUAGAUGGUGGAGACUGUGGAGUCCUGGCCUGACAUGUUAGCUCUCCUGUGUUGCGCCGUC